AACGAGUCGUAGCGUUGAGUCGUGUGUUAUUCAUUCUGCGUUAUUGUUAAUAUAGUUAUAGUGUUACUUGUUAACUGCAGUAUAUUUACUUUCCUAAUUACGAUCGUCAUCAAGGUCCAGUUAGCACCAGCCUGUAUUUAAAUAACAGGCGGAUUUCCAACAUCCCGAUAGAGGCGCUGACUAAACUCCGAAAAUUAGUUCGGUAUGCUCACUGCUAGAUGACUAUUCAUUUGAACAAAAAUACCGAGAACCCACAAGAGAAACUGUGAUUGUUUAAAAAUUUAAUGUAGAAAUAUUGUAAGGGAUCUUGAUAUUUGAAAAUGAACAUUUUGCGUAUAAACAAUGCAAUUCUUGUAAAAAUCAUUACAUCAUUCUUAAUGAACAACUACAAAACAAAUAGUUUCAAUUGUUUGAAAACAGACGUUCGUUAAAAGACCAAUUUGAACGAAAAUGUAAGAGAACUAAAUGUAACAAAGCUUCUUCAAAAACUAACGAUGUAUACACGUCGGACGCGUGUAAGAAUUCCUCUGUUAUUAGUUAUUACGAUUUUUGGGUUAUUCUCAUCAGGAAGUGCAGCAUCCGCGCAUAUACACACUCAUCAACACACCAAACCUAAUAGCAAUGAGAGAACAGAGGAUGGUGCAUUUAGUCCACGGGACAUGGACCACUAUGCAGGGGGAGAACACCAUCAGGAGUUUGAUCACGAAGCUAUUCUUGGAAGUGUAAAAGAAGCAGAAGAAUUUGACAAACUUCCAAUGAAGGAAUCAAAGAGGCGUUUAGGGAUUUUAUUGACAAAAAUGGACUUAAACAAUGACACAUUUAUAGAGAGAAACGAACUAAAAGCUUGGAUUUUACGUUCAUUUAGCAUGCUUUCUACAGAGGAAUCUCAAGAUCGAUUAGAAGAAACUGAUGAAAAUGAAGAUGGUAAAAUCACCUGGAAUGAAAUUCUGCAAGACACGUAUGGCUCUGAUCCAGAAGAUUUGGCAGAGGAUUAUAAGAUUAUAAAUGAUGAUAAACAAACAUUUGAGGCUGCUGAUAUAGAUGGAAAUGGCUAUCUGGACAAAGAAGAGUUUAAAGCUUAUACUCAUCCUGAAGAGACACCUAGAAUGUUCCCACUUCUACUCAGGCAAGCUUUAGAUGACAAAGACACUGAUAAAGAUGGAUUUAUUAGUUUCCAAGAAUUUAUUGGGAAUAGAGCUAAGACAGAAAAUAAGGAAUGGUUGCUAAUAGAGAAAGACAAAUUUGAUUAUGAACAUGAUAAAAAUGGGGAUGGACGACUGGAUUCAGAUGAAAUACUUUCAUGGCUGGUACCUAGUAACGAAGAAAUAGCUGAUGAUGAAGUAGAUCAUCUAUUCGCAGCAUCCGAUGAUGAUCACGACAAUAGGUUGUCUUUCGAUGAAAUUUUAGAUCAUCACGACGCUUUCGUAGGUAGUGAAGCCACCGAUUACGGGGAACAUUUACAAGAUAUUGAGCGUUUUCAAGACGAACUUUAAAAAUCAAUCGUUCAGAUGCAUUAGCUAAAUCUAUACCUCUUUUUCUAAUAUCUAAUUAACUUACAUUAAUGAAAAUAUUUUGAAUACUUCUAAAUACUGUUCUUUCAGCUCUUAUAUGAUUUGGUAUUCCUAUUUAUGCUGCAUUUAGAAUAUAUUUGUAUUAGCGUCAUUUAUAAUUGCACAAACAUAUUUGAAAUACUGAACAGAUAGUAUUUCUCAGUCUUCCAAUUUUUACAAGACUUUAGUGCCAUAGAAUUGACAUUUCUUAUUAUUAGUAAGAGUUACCAGUAUAAUAUCCUAUUCUCAUUAUUUAUUACGUGUAUAAUUAAUUGUAUGCACACUCCAAGCACCUGAUUCUUCUAUUCGUGUGAAAUUAUAAGAAGGAUCGUAUUAAACCGAAAUUGUGACUUAGCUAAAUAAUAAUUUAAGUAAUUUAAUUUUACUUAUCGUUCAAUAUUUAAACGAGUGGGAUACAAAUUUGAAUAACAUGGAUAAUCAGAUCAUAUAUUCUCAGCCUUGCCGAUGUAAGAUUCACUUUUUGACACAAAUUUGUUUACUCUUCGAAUUAUGUAAUGAACGAUAUGUAAUAUAAUGAAUUUUUUAAAUAAAACGUACUAGCUAUCUUAAAAGGUCUUCUUUCAUAAUACUGACAAAUAACAAAGUCAGCACAUUUUUUAAAUAAAAGCGGGAAGUAUUUUUGUUUUGCAUGAUCUGCAAUGGGGCUCCAUUUGCAACAUCCACGAAUGUGUAAUAGUAGGUUUAUGGUGUUACUAACCUAACUUCACCUAACCGCUUAACCUAAUAAACACAAGCACAGAAAAUUUGACGUAUCGUUCAAGGAUCGAGACAAGUGUAUUACGUGUAAAUUACGACUCUUUAACUUCUUUAAUAAAACAAAUUCUACAAAA